AUGAAAGGACUUAAUUAUUAAAGCAAAUUGACUUACACAUAUAGUAUGCCUUAUGAAUAGAUGAAAAAAAUAUUAGAAAUGGAUGGUUUUAAUUGUUUUACAUUAAAUGACGAUUUAAAGAUUAUUGAAUAUUCAAUCGACCAUUCAAAGGCAAUUCAAUUAAGUUUACUACUUUAUCUAUUAGUAUUUUAAUAUCUGUAAUAGAAUAGGAUAUUGACUUGAUAAGAUUUACUAUUGCAUAACAAAUUUAAUUGUGUUUAAAUAUCUACGCGAAACACUUAUAAUUUGAAUAAUAAAAUAUUCAACAUAAAUAUUUGAGUUCUGACAGAAUUUGGUUAAAAGUAAUAAAUAAUCAAUAAAUUACAAUAUUACCAAGAACUCUCCAUUAUACAGUACAUUUUGUAGGAUUCGAUUGUCCCUUUUAUGAAAAAGACGAUUAUCAAAACUCUCAAACAAUUGAUAAAUAAACUAUAAUAAAUAUCAUAAGAGAUAUUCUGGAAUAAUUGAAGAAAAAAAAACUCGAAAAACAAAAAUCUAAUGAGAAAUACAAAUUGCUGAAAGAUAUUUUUGAGUAAUUGUUAGAUAAAGGAAUAUAUUAAUCACAUGAAUAAUUUUAACACCAAGUUGAAACCGUUUUUAUAAAAUAUUAAUGUAAAAACUAAAGAUUAAUUGACAAAGUUGAUAAAGAAGUAUCCUCUUACUCAAAAAGAGGAAUGAGAGUCAAGGAUGUUGUUGAAAAUCUUCACUUAAUCAUCAGUAAUAAUUAUAAAAAAGGAUAAUUUUAUUCAUUUUAGCAGAUUUUAUAUUCUACAUUCCCAAAAAUGGCUAAAGAAUUAAAAAAUGCAAUUUUUUAUUUCAAUUAAGAACCAGAAAAUAUAAUUGUAAAUUAUUUCGAUCAAAUAUUAUUUAUAAUUGAUGAUAAAUAUAUUGAGGAGUUAAUAAAUAAAAAUAAAUAAAUAAUAAUGAAAGAUUUUAAGUUUGAAAUUGAUAUGUAAGAAAUUAAAGACAUUAUAAAAACUGAAUUAUAAAAUGAAUUCAAGAUAUUAAACUAUUUUCUUAAUUAGGUUAAGUAUCAAAAUAAAAAAUUCGAUUAGAUUAUAGGGUAUUUUUAUAGAUUGAAAAAUGAUUUAACAGUAAGAGUAGUCAUAUAAAUAUUAAAAGAUGAACUAAAAUUAUUGACAUUAAAAUUAAUUGAUGAUUUGAUAUGA